AAGUAGUUGGUUCAAGUCCUCCAUCUUAUCAUUUCCAAACCUCUGACAAAAAUAUCAGAUGCCAGUUUGUAUUCAAUUUUGGAUUAACAUAUGCGGAGUGUUUGGCAACCGACUACUACAGCCCAUCGUGUGGUAUUUGCACAGUCGGUAGUAAUGACAUCAGCACAGAGGCGAAUAUCAAACAAUUCUUCGAGAGAAACAGCCUUCCCGGUUCCAGUUGCCUCCCUCCCCCCGGGACAGGAAACAGAAACUACGAUAGCAACAUUUGGAACACCAGUGGUCAUAACUACACCCGAAACUGUGACUACAAUGGCGGCUCCAAGUACACCUGUACCAACGACACCUGUACCUGGUGAAACGACAGGGUCGCCAACAGAGACUCCAGAGUGUGCAAAUCCGAAACCGAAAUGUGGUGAGAUCGGUGAAGCUCUCAAAAACUGCGAAGGAGCACAGGCGGUUGUUGACCGUUGCAUCAAAGAAACAUGCGGGAGUGAAGACGUCUGCAGCUUCGUAACCGACGCGAUUCGGUUACUUCAAGUGGCCUACGAUAAGAAUCAAGAAAUAUGUGCUUCCAUUUCCGCAGCAAGAAGAGCAGUUAGAAAGAUGAGGCGGUUGACAGAUUGUGACGACUCACCGGCGAUACCAGCGUGCAAGUCUGCCAAAUGGAGGCGCCGAUACGCAUCCCCCCCUCUGCCUAGGACGUGUUCAUAUCCCUUCCGCUCUGACGAAAGUGUCGGCGCAAAUAAUCUUGACGUCAUGUGUGUGUGCAUUCCCGGUUAUGUACUUAAACCGUCCGCCGGUCCUAGCGGUAUGGACUGUGUUCCCGUCGCUGAAUGCGGCUGCAGAUACGGGACACAGUAUCUAGAGAUCGGGGAAUACUACGAGGACAAGGACACAUGCACUGGAACACAGUUAUGCUCAGCAUUUAAUACUAUUGUACCUGCAAACAAAUCGUGUGUUGAAAACGCCGAGUGCAAAGAUGGCAAGUGCGUUUGCGAAGAGGGCUUCAUGGGCAAUGGUGUUGAACUAUGCGAAAAAGAGAUCGACUAUCCCGAGAAGAGAUGCGUCGAGAGCUAUGACUCCGUCGCCGGCAUCAACAGGUUGACGUGCGAGUGCAAGAUGGGAUACGCUUCUACUUGCGAGACGUGUGUUGAUAUCGACGAAUGUGCCAACAGCAAUGAGUGCGGUCCAGGAACGAAAUGCUUUAAUCUGCCUGGAAGCUAUCAAUGCGAUUGCAAGACGGGAUUCACCAGAGAGUCAAACACUACAUGCAAAGAUAUCAAGGAAUGCGAGAACAACCCGUGUCCAGAAAACUCCAUAUGCUACGAAGGAGAAGGCUCUUACUACUGCAAGUGUUGUGAAGGAUUCCAGAAGAAUGGCGAUAAAUGUGAAGCCAUUGAUAAAUCGAACCCCCCAAACAAAUGCUGCACUUGCGUACUGGCACAAUGUUCUGUCGCUCCCAACGGAAAUGCAGAUGCUGGUUGUUAUGUGGAUAAUGGCGAGGAGACGUCUUAUGACAGUUUCCACACGGCGUUCAUUUAUCGAUGCAUCAAGAACCUGCCAUUCAAGGUGGAUGACUACAAAUACAGACCAUGCACAACCCCAGUAGAGACAGUUACCACGACAACCCCUGGAGCGUUGCCAACUACAACACCUGCAGCCGAUACGACUACGCAACCACCAGAUCCAUGUCGGGACACCGUCGUGUGUAAUCUUUCUGAUGAGAAUGACAAAACGAUUGCUCCCGUAUGCAGUGAAAACAACGUGAAAUUCCCGAACUUGUGUGCCUUCAAACAAGCAGAAUGUAGAGGAAACAACAACAGCCCGCCCCAGGAGUUGCCAGCGUACACCCGUGGGGAAUGUCCAACCACUACACCACCACCAACUUCACCAGAUCCAACCAGUCCAUUUGACUGGGGCCCGUGGGGAGCCUACGAACCAUGCGAUGCACCUGAUUGCGACACGCCCGGCAAACGGACCCGUGAACGAGACUAUACUUUGAACCCAGGGGCACCAGAUAUUGUACCACCCGAGAGUGAACGUGUCUCUUUCAUCAGCUGCAAAAAGCCUGGCUGUACACCCAAACCAACAGCGGCACCUACUACUGUGGUUCCCGACAAAUGUGAAUUUCUCCAAUGCGGAAGCGAAAUUAACCCAGUUUGCGGUGCUAUUGCUAAUGGAAGCCCAACUACAUACGACUCGGAGUGCAGACUUAAGGAACGUGCAUGCGACAGUACGCCGAGAUCUAUAUACAGGGUCGUAUCAAGAUCUAAAUGCCCAGACAAAGAAGGAGAACCCGAACCACCCAAGCUCUGCAAUGACGGACCUGUCUUGAAGAAGGUGCAAUACAACAUCACACGUGGAGCCAUAUCAUGUUUCUACGAGGCGGAAAUGAACGUUUGCGAGUCUCUGCAAUGCGUCAGCCCAGCGGGAAGUACAAGCUCCAGCAUCUGCUGCAAAGGAGUUACGUUUGCUGCAGAAAAGGUGUCUGUCAAUGCUUUGUGCACUGACAACUCCUUUGAAAUGAUACGUUUGAGUAAUCCAGAAACUUGCGCGUGUCAAGACGAGGGGGGACCAUAGCCUGUCCAGGCUCCAAAAACUGAAGUACACACACAUGAUGUAAAAGAUGUAACUGCAUAUACUAUAUAAGAUGAAAAUAAAUACCCAGCAUACUU